ACAAAGAUCUUAACGCACACGGCGUACAACAGCAAUCAACUACCCAAAUAACUUAAUGUACGCCACAUUCCUGUUACGACAAAUCCCCCUCCUUUCACUGCCACUUGCUUCAUUCUCUCUCUAUCUCUCCCCCAACUCUUAUGGAGUUUCUCUAAUCUAUUCGUAGAUACUCAAAUCCCCAUUCUUCCAAACCCUAUAGAAUGGCUUCCCUUCACAUAUUGAAAUCCGGUUUAUAUCCGUUUUAUGCUUCGCAAUCGUCUUCACGUAGGAAAGAACGCUUGAUUUGUCAUGAUAGCAGAAGAAUUAUCAACUUCAGAUCAAAGGUACCGAUUAAUACAAGGUUUAUGGUUUCGUGCAAGGUUCAAGAUGCUGAUGAUAAUGAAAGCAAAGGUGAAGAACCUACCGAGUCUUUGUUCAUGAAAGAACUGAAGCGACGGGGUAUGACACCCACUUCAUUAUUAGAGGAAAGUUGGAGCACCUCAAAAGACGAGAAUAGGAUAUAUAAGGAAGAAGAUGGAGGGUUUUCAAAUAGAAAUGCUGUAUCGACAGAUCUUGAGAAAAGCCUAUCUAAUCAAAGGGAGCGAUCUAUGGCUUUGAACAGUGAGGGCCUCGAGGGUUUAAUUCCACGUGCUAAAGUCUUGCUAACCCUUGGAGGCACCUACUUCUUAGCAUUUUGGCCACUGAUCCUAGUAACUGUGGCAUCCUUCUCUGCUGUUUACGUAUAUUUUGGACCAAAAUUCGUUCACGAUGCUAGCACACGACAAGUAUACCUACCCCAGUAUGUUGAUCCAUACGCACUUCUGGAAGACCAGCGGAUCUCCGAAACUGCACCAAGGCUAAACUGAUGGUACAGCUCUCCAUAUACGUCUUAAAAGAUCAAGUAGCUAGACUUUUCGUCAUUAUGUUUCUACCACAAUGUCCAAAAGUUCUGUAAAUGCCAAGAAACUCUCCUUAUAACGAGAUUUCUUUCAUUCCAACACUUGUAAAUACAGAUUCCUACUUCUAGUAACUUAUGUUAAAUCCACCUUGCUGA